GAGAACGGGGGAAAGCCGGACAGUCGGAUCCUGGGAAGGUCUCCUCACAGCCAUUUGAGUAAAGGUAUCUUUCCACAAGGCAACCCAAGAGAAGGGAAGGAGAUGGAAGAGAAGGAUGAAGGACCUGGAAUAGGAAAGAGAUCAAAGGAAAGUCCUCAUCCCACCCUGGUUGGGACUAGAAAGGAAUCCUGGGAAAGAGCUGUGCCAGAGAUCCUGUCUCAGGUUGCGAUGACUGCAGGAGGGCGCAACCGAUGCUUCCGGCAGUUCCGCUACCAUGAGGCCGAUGGACCCCGAGAGGUUUGCAGCCAGCUCCAUGGACUUUGCAACCAGUGGCUGGAGCCAGAAAAGCACACCAAGAAGCAGAUGUUGGAUCUGGUGAUCCUGGAGCAAUUUCUGGCCAUCCUGCCCCCGGAAAUGCAGUGCUGGGUCAGAGGAUGUGAGCCAGAGACCAGUUCCCAGGCGGUGGCCCUGGCGGAAGUUUUUCUCCUGAGUCAGGUGGAGGAGAAGAGGCAGGCACAGCAGAUGUGGGCACCAGCUGUAAAGAUGGAAGCAAAGUUCUGUGAGGCGGAAGGACCUCUGUCAGAGGAAAGUCAGUGCGAGCAGGCCCAGAAGGAUGCCCAAAAUGCCCUGUCAAGUGGCAGUGAAGAGAUGUUGUCAAGUUGUCAUCUUUGCAGUGGAGUGCAAAUGUCUGCUUCCUCUCUGGUCCAGUCUCCCAUUUCCUUUGAGGAGGUGGCUGUGUUAUUCACCGUGGCUGAGUGGGCCCUGCUAGAUCCGGACCAAAAAACUCUCUACAGGGAAGUCAUGCUGGAGAACUACAGGAAUUUGGCUUCUCUUGCAGAUGUGGUGGAGACAGCUGGGGAAUUCCAGGGAUCCUCUUUGGAAAAUGUCAAGAACGAAGAUGCUGAAAGAGAUGAAGCUGGACCACAGAGGCAGGAGGAAAGCCAUGCCGGUGAUGUUCAUAGGAAUGAGGAGGAUGAGGAACUGCAUCAUCUAUCACCUGAUGAAAUUAAGAAUGAAGACAUGAGGGGAAACUUCAGGAAAAAAGGGAGACCUGAGAGGCAGGAAGGCAGCCACAAAGUCAAAAGGAGUAAACCUAUUCCUUGCCAAGGAGGGGAUUUGCAAGAAGCCAUUCACAUGGUGGAGGAAACAAACAAAGACUUGGAGUGUGGAAUAAACAUCUCAUAUCAAACACAAUAUAACGUCCAUAUACCAAUGCAGAAUGGAAAGAAAAGUCAUCAAUGCCUGGAGGGUGGAAAGACCCUGAUUCAGAGAGCACAGCUCUGUAGACAUCAAAAAACACUUGCAGGGGAGAAACCUUGUAGUUGCUCAGACUGUGGCAAAAGGUUCUUAGAGAAAUCAGACCUUGUUCCUCACCAAAGGAUUCACUCAGGAGAAAAGCUGUUUAUCUGCUCUGAGACUGGAAUGGCGUUCUCUGAUGGGGGGAAACAUAGUAUGCACCUCACAAAGCACAGUCUAAUGAAGACACAUAAAUGCUUUCAGUGUGGACAGUGCUUCAGAUGCAGAUCACAGCUCAAUGUUCACCAAAAGAUCCACAGAGGGGAAGAACUUUUUAAAUGCUCAGAGAUUGGGAUGAGAAUCACUUGGAGUGGCCACUUUCAACAGCAUCAACGAACCCACACAAGAAAAAAACUCUUUGAAUGCUCAGAGUGUGGGAAGAGAUGCAGCUGCAGUAGCAGUCUUCAACAGCAUCAACAAACCCACACAGGGGAGAAGCCCUUUGAAUGCCCAGAGUGUGGGAAGAGAUUCAGUCUCAAUAGCACCCUCCAACUCCAUCAAAGAGCCCACACAGGGGAGAUGCCCUUUGAAUGCUCAGAGUGUGGGAAAAGAUUCAGUUGCAGUAGCAAACUUCAAGAGCAUCAACGGACCCACACGGGGGAGAAGCCCUUUGAGUGCUCAGAGUGUGGGAAGAGAUUCAGUCGGAGUGGCAUUCUUCAACAGCAUCAAGGAACCCACACAGGGGAGAAGCCCUUUGAAUGUUCAGAGUGUGGGAAGAGAUUCAGUCAGAGUGCCACUCUUCACAACCAUCAACGAACCCACACAGCGGAAAAGCCCUUUGAAUGCUCAGAGUGUGGGAAGAGUUUCAGUCGCAGGAGCAAUCUUCAACAGCAUCAAAGAACCCACGCAGGGGAGAAGCCCUUUGAGUGCUCAGAGUGUGGGAAGAGAUUCAGUCGGAGUGGCAUUCUUCAACAGCAUCAAGGAACCCACACAGGGGAGAAGCCCUUUGAAUGUUCAGAGUGUGGGAAGAGAUUCAGUCGGAGUGCCACUCUUCAAAACCAUCAACGAACCCACACAAGGGAGAAGCCCUUUGAAUGCUCAGAGUGUGGGAAGAGAUUCUUUCAGAAAGACGCUUUUCAGUGGCAUCUAAGAAACCACGUAUGGAGAAACCACGUGACCACUUAG